AUGGAUAGUAGGGCCAUCAACAAGAUCACCAUGAGGUAUCGGUUCCCUAUUCCCCGGUUGGAUGAUUUGUUAGAUCAUUUGAGUGGGGCAACGAUAUUUACCAAGCUGGACCUAAGGAGUGGGUACCAUCAAAUUCGGGUACGACUAAGUGAUGAGUGGAAAACACCAUUUAAAACGCGGGAGGGACUCUUUGAAUGGUUGGUAAUGCCGUUCGGAUUAUCUAAUGCACCUAGCGCAUUCAUGAGAAUGAUGAACCAAGCUUUUCGGCCUUUUAUAGGGAGGUUUGUCGUAAUAUACUUUGAUGACAUACUCAUUUACAGCUCCGAUAGAGAGACACACCUUCUACAUGUAAGGGGAGUACUUCAAGUGCUCCGGAAAGAGGAGUUCUAUGCAUCAUCGACCAAAUGCCCAUUCAUGACAGAUUCGAUGAUUUUUCUUGGCUAUGUGGUGUCUAAAGACGGGUUGGUGGUGGACGAAGCCAAAGUGGUGGCCGUUCGGGUUUGGCCCAUUCCUACAACAUUACACGAGGAUGCAUCCAAGGUCGGCAUUGGAGCGGUCCUGAGUCAAGGUGGAAGACCGGUGGCAUUCUUUAGUGAAAAGUUGAGUGGUUCAAGGCUCAACUAUAGCACCUAUGACAUGGAGUUUUACGCAUUAGUGCAAUCAUUGAGGCAUGGGAGUUCCUACCUUGCCUACAAUGAUUUUAUCUUGUACUUCGAUCAUGAGGCGUUGAAGCACCUCAAUAGUCAAGAUAAACUCUCCUCCCGGCAUGCAAAUUGGGCUGCCUAUGUGCAACAAUUCUCCUUCACCAUCAAACACAAGUCAGGAGCUUUGAACAAAAUGGCCGACAGCCUUAGCCGGAAGUCGACACUCUUGACCACCAUGGCAAUUGAGGUAAUUGGUUUUGACCUUUUAAAGGAUUCUUUAUCAACUGACCCUCUUUUUGGCCCAAUUGUUGAUGAUGUGUUGUUAGGAAAUCAGAGUGAUUUUGGGCUGUAUAAUGGGUUCCUCUUCAAGGGCACUCAGCUAUGCAUCCCCGAGGGUAGUCUCCGUGGUCCUUACGUGGAGAUUGACAUGAGGACCGGAGAGAUGGAUGGCUAUGAUGCCAUUUUCCUUAGCCCACAUAAGUUUCUCGGUGGCCCUGGAUCCCCUGGCAUUCUUCUGAUGAGUAAUGCCCUUUAUCUCCUAAAAUCUUUUCCACCAUCAACUUGUGGAGGAGGAACUGUUAAUUAUGUCAACGGCUUUAAUGAAAAGGAAACAUUAUAUGUGGAUGACAUUGAAGAAAGGGAAAACGGUGGCACUCCACAGAUAAUCCAAACAGUUAGAGCAGCAUUGGCUUUCUGGGUAAAGGAAUACGUUGGCUACGAAGUGAUUGAAAAACAAGAGCAAGCCUACAUACGAAGAGCGCUUCAGAGGCUUCCCCCAAACAAGAACAUCUGCAUUUUAGGAAAUACAACCACCAAACGACAAGCCAUAUUGUCUUUCCUCAUUUAUAGUACAACCAAUUCCACCUUGUCUGGCCUCAAAAACAAUAGCAGAGAGAUAAGGGAUGCGCUUAACAUGUGGGGAGAGAGUGGGAACAAGAGAGAUAAGCCUCUUCAUGGACCAUUGGUUGCAUCACUCUUGAACGACUUGUUUGGCAUCCAGGCUCGAGGUGGGUGCGCUUGUGCUGGACCCUAUGGUCACAUCCUGCUUAAUGUCGAUGGCGCCCAUUCACUUGCCCUCAGAGCUACUAUUUUAGAGGGCUACGUUGGAGCAAAACCCGGAUGGACUAGAAUCAGCUUUCCCUACUACAUGUCAGAGGAGGAGUUUGAGUUUAUUUUAGCUGCACUGGAAUUUCUAGCUAUUUAUGGGCAACGAUUCCUUCCUCUGUACUACUUCAACUUGAGAACAGGAAGCUGGACUUUUAAGAAAAAGGCACUUAAGGAGCUACUGAUCAGGAAAGAAAAUAAUUACAAUGUUCACUUCUUAAACUUAGAAGAUUGCAAUUCUAAAGCGUCUGACGACGAUGAACAAAAAAAUAAGAUAUGUAAAUAUAGAAACUAUUUAGAAACGGCGAAGCACAUUGCCAGUUUGCUUCCCAAGUUCCCUUCUCAGCCUAGACGUCAGGAGGAUAUGGAUACCAACCUUCUUCAAUUCAGAGUCUAG